AUGGCUGAAACAACCAAGUUUCACCCGGCCCUUGCCGUCAACAAUGUUAAAAACUUCAUCCCUGUAACCCUAGACAUGGAAAGCUCCCAGUACAACUCGUGGGCUACCUUGUUCAAAAUUCAUACACGAGCCUAUCAAGUGCUCGACCACAUCAUCCCAAGCAAGAACCAGACGGCUAAUACCGAAACCGAUGAAGCGGAUCAAGGCCUUUGGGAUCGCCUUGAUGCGAUCGUGUUACAGUGGAUAUAUGGAACCAUAUCCAACGAUGUCCUUCACACCAUUCUCGAGCCUGACCUCACCGCCAUGGACGCGUGGAAUCGACUUGCUGACCUUUUCCAUGACAACCAAACCACAAGGGCCGUCUAA